AAUCAUCCGGGUGGAACCCCAAGUCAGGAGAAACGAUCGUUCCGGGUUUCACAGUGCGCAUGCCCAGUAGCAACCAGCAAGAAUGGAGGACGUUAGCCGCUGAAGGUUUAACAAUAAAAUCACCCUGGCUUACUAAAUAAAACAAACAUGAUACGCAGGUCGAGAAUCAGUGUUCGGCCCAAUGUAAAGCCCACAGGCCGAGCUCAGACACCCUCGCAAAAUGCGUCUGUAGAUAAUGUUCAGCUUCCCCCAGCUUCUGCUGACUUAGCUCCGUCUGAGGGGUCAGAGGUCACGGCUGAGAAGUUAAAGACUGACCCACCUAUAGCAGCUUUGGAGCAGACCAAUGAGGACACGUCUCAGAACAGUUGCCCUAGUGACCAGUUGGAGACUAGUAAACAUGGAGAGGAUGCAGCAUCUAAAAGUUCUGAUGCCCAGGAUUCAACAAGCACCUCUGCAACUUCUGGCCCUCAAAGGAGGAAACGCUUCACAGCUCUGCCCAACCUGGCCAAACCACGAGCCUCUGCCAAGACUUCUAAAUCCCCAUCCAAGUCCCUUGUAAAACCAGUAACACCCAGUGAACCUGAAACCUCAACCCCCACUGAAGAGUCUUCCCAUCAAAUACCUGAGCCUGUCAACAACCCCAGGCUUCCUGGAAGACGGAGACCUUCUGGAGGAGGCAGACAGGCCAAAGUUCAGCCUAUCCCUACAGCCCCACUACAGAAUGACCGAGAGACAGAGCCGCAAGAGGACGGGGCAUCAGAGGACACUCUUGUGCCAUUGACUGUCCAGCAAGGGGAGUCCAAACAUCCCCAUACAAAUUCUCAACCUGAUACCAUUUUGGUUCAUGAAAAGUCUCCUGUGGUGGGAGAUGUGGUUGUACAACAGGAGAGUGAUUCUGGAUCGCCUCUGGGCCAAAGCCAAUUGGAUCUGUUAAGAGAAAGACUUAAUAAACUUAAGACGCCAUCAAAGAUUCUCAACUCCUUGAAAUCUCUAAACGACCCAGCAGACAUGGUCAGGUUAGCACAGGCAAGGAAACUUCGGGAGCUUCUUAAAAAAGAAAUGAACAAACAAAAGGAAGACAAGAAGAAACCCAAAAUGGGAAUCAGAGAACGCAAGGCACCUAAAGAUCACACCAAAAUGACCAUGCGAGAGCUGAUCUAUUACCUCCCUGUUUCCAACCCAAUGAAAUCUUUCACAGAAGAAGAGCAGAAGGCAUCAGAGACAGUAAUAGAUGAUGCUUCUACACCAACGUCUUCUAAGAGUCCAGCUGCUCCACCAGUCCAGGAGACGGUGGUAGAAGAUGCUGGUCAUGAGGAAGAUGAGGAGAGAAUGGAAGAAACCCAGCCAGAAGAGGAGGAGCCUCUUCUAGUGCCUAGGGUGAAGGUGGCGGAGGAUGGCUCUCUGAUUAUCGACGAGGAGAGUUUAACAGUCCAGGUGUCGAGGACAAAAGGACCCAAUCCGGCAGAAGACAGAGAUCCUAUAUUUGAACGUGGCUCUACCACCACCUACUCCAGCUUUAGGAAGGGCACCUACACCAAACCCUGGUCCAAUGGCGAGACUGAAAUGUUUUACUUGGCCAUCAGCAUGGUGGGGACAGACUUCUCCAUGAUUGGUCAGCUGUUUCCACACCGAGCUCGGAUGGAGAUUAAGAACAAGUUCAAGAAAGAGGAGAGAAAUAACUCAUGGAGAAUAGAUAAAGCUUUCAAGGAGAAGCGGCGUUUGGAUCUAGAUUUCUUCAAAAAUUUAAUGGAGCAGAUCCUAAAGAACGAGGAAAAAAAGAAAAGCAAAAACAAAGAGCUUGUCAAGUUGGCUAAAGCGCAGAGGAGAGUCCAAAGGAAAGUGAGAGCAGCUAAAAGAAGGGAAAUGGACUCCUCAACAGAUUCUGAGAGUGAUGUGGUGGCUGGAGAAAAGGAGAAUGAGGACCUCUCAAAUGAUGGAGGAAGUGAUACCACUCCAAAGAAACGCAGAAGAAAAGGGGUGAAUACAGAAGAAGAGAGGAGAGUCACGAAUGGAGAGGCUGCAAUAGAUGAACCUGAGGGCUGUGAAAAUCUUCCUUCUGAUGGCCAGUCACAAGAUGACAGCAGAUACAAGAGUCCUGCUAUUAAACCGGCUCAGCUGAAGGGUCGACCCCAGAGACCGAUCCCGAACCUCAGCCGCAAAUGGGGGAACAGGCGUCCAAUGCCCAAAACCAAUGUCCAAGAGGACGGGACCUCAGCCGGGGAGGAGAAUAAAAUGGACAAGUCCCCCAAGGUGCCUUCACCCUCUAUAAAAGAGAAGAAGCGGUCUACAGUUCUUCUUGAAUUGGAAGAUUUAGAGGAAGAACCUGACCUGACCGCUGUACAAGAACAGAUAUUCAAUAAACCAACCAGGUCAGGAAGGAUCCCUAAGCUCUCUCAGCAUGUGAUUCAGGCUGCGGCAGAGGAAGAGGAAGAUGAGGAUGAGCUCUCUGAUCUUCCAGUGUCUUCCAAAGUUCGUGGUCAGGCCAUCAAGGCACCCGGCCGGAGAUCUAAAUUAAAACCAGGUCCCAGAUUGAAACAGGGAAUGCCUAGGAGGGGGAAAUCUAGGCUGGUGACCUUACUGGCUUCUGGAACUGAAGAUGAUGAGGAGGAGGGGGAAGAAGAGGAAGCGGAAGAAUGUGCCCUAAGCCAGGAAGACUUUCCUUCAAAUCCUGAAGAGGAAAACCAGGCGUUUGUGCCAAGGAGUUUACGCCCUGUACUGUCUGUUAAUUCAGAGGUGGUAGAAACCAUGGAAGAGCUGGACAUUUCUGUGAAUGAGUCUGAUAUCCUGGGCACAUCCCAGAAUGCUUUGUGUCAUGAGUUGUCAUGUGAGCAGGCCACGGUGCCUGCUGGUCCUGUCCCUUGUGAAAACCAUUUGGACCUGCUUGUUGACGUCAUUGAGUUCCUUGACCCAGACCACAUGGAGGUAUGUAAAGAGAUCAACAAUGAAGCCGCCCAUACUCUUCUGACUAUUGGAAACUCAGCUCAGAUGAUCCAGACAUCAGAAAUGCCCUCUACAAGUGAAAAUGAUAUUGUUGAACAGUCAAGCAUUGUACAUGAAGAGGUCGUCCAUGAGGAAGUUAUCACAGAAACGCCCAUCUUGUCCGGUCCUUCUAUAAGCUGCGAGUCAGAGACGAAAGGUGACGUUGAACUUAAAACCUGUGAAACUCAUAUUCCAGAACCUUCGACUGAAGAAACCUCCACCCAGAAUGAGGAACCUAUCAAAUCAAAGACAACUGAAGCACAUCCUGCUCCCAUUCAACCUGAGACACAGGUUCCACCAAGCAAAAGAGGUCGAUUCUCCAAACCCAAACCCAAUAUUGGUCAAGGUCUGAGAACCAGACAAGUUCUGCAACAGCAAAUCUGUCCAGAACUUGUCACAGUUUCCGCAGAACAGGAUAAAAAUUCAACACAACCCAUGCAAGAACACUCUGUUCCUGUAGAUCACCUGCCAGACUCCUCUACUAUCCACCCUGAGGUACUACAGCUGAAUACAUCAUCUGAAAGAACAGAAGACAGUCCCAAAGUCAUUCCUGAAAGAGUGACUAAAGAAGAUAAUGGAUCUGUCUCAUCUCUAAAGAGAAAGAAUGAUGAUAUAAUCAUAGAUGAAAAUAAAAAAGAACAAGAAGAGGCAAGAUCAGAACCACAGCUUACUAAAAGUGCAAGCGAUUCUCAGAGCACAUCAGAUGAGACCUCUAAACUUGUCAGGAGGUACCGUGGACCCAAACCUAAACCAAACCUGACACAGAUAUCCAGACGCACAGAGACACAACACAGCACAACAUCAACCACAAUAGUAUUAAAUGAGAAGCUGCCUGCUGCUGAGUCUUCCAUAACCACUUUCACUAAAAGUCCUGAAGAGGGUGCUGUAGUUACCACAGAACCUGAUGUAUCUGAAAGUACAGCUCAACAAGAGGUGGCAUCGUGUGUUGAAUCGUCAGAAACAGUUGAAGAUGUCACCACAGUUGUUUCUAAAAACAAGUCCAGACAGAAAACUACGGUCACGUUGAAUGAGAACAAUGGAACCGUUCCUGAGGAAGUUUGUGAAGACAGCACUGUGAAACAUCCUGGAUGUGUAUCAAAAAACACAUCUGCUGAGCCCACGCCUGAGGAACCUGUGUUUAUACUGUCUCUCACAGAAAUCCCACCCACUUUAGAUGAGGGGGUGGGUUUUAGGACAGAGCGCCUCCCACCUGCAGCAGCAUCUGAAUCACAUUCUCAUGGUCAAAGUGCUAGUGAGAGCAGGGAGGUAUCUCACCUUCUGAUCACAGAUGCUUUAAUUCCUGUGUCAGAGGAUGAGGAAAAGAAGAGUGAACAGAGGGUUGUGGACAAAUCAGCGAAAGGAGAAGUGAAACGCAAGGCACCAGCCUCCACAUCUCAAGGGAGUACCAAAGAUGAGAGUCAGGCAGAACAUCAUGUAGUGGAAGGAUUGGAAAGCCUUGUGGCUGAAGGGACUGAUGAUGAGAAGGAACAUCUGGAAAAGAAAAGAAAACUACCUGAGAAAACCAGGAGAGCAAAGCUGCAAGUUAAACCCAUCCCCGUUUCACGGAGAAAUGCUCCAGCUGUUGAUGCUAAAGAGGACACAGCAGCGCUCUCUUUAAAACAUACUACCUCAUUACCCAUUUCAACACAAGAGACGAGAUCAGUGCAAGAGCAAACUGUGCCUGCUGUCAUUUCAUCAACGGACGACUCAGUAUCAACCAGCAAUAAGACUCAUUCACCUGUCCCUGAAGAGUCUGUCCAGGAGGGUCCCUCCCAUGGCAUCAUGGGAGGAGUGGGCACCUCUGGCAAAGAGACAAAUGAGUUAUCUAGUGGAUCAGACUCGCAAGGUGUCAGCCAAAUAACGCCUGUUGCCACAAGUGGGCCGCUUACAAGACCUGGCAGACGACCCAAAGGCUUCCUGUCGUUCAUUUCUUCUAAAAGUACACAAGGACCCUCAGCAGCUCCUCGAGGGGCUAAACCAGGCCCCCAAAAACCAACAGUCAACACCUCACGUCCUGAGAGAAAACGGAUAGCUGGUCCUGUAACCACUGCAGGAGACCCUAGUGUAAAGCGGCCCUCACCGACCCCGGCUUCCACCACUGCAUCUGUCAUCGAGCAGAACUCAGAUGAAGAACCUACAAGUGUCUCCAAGUACUUUUUCAGUGACAUCUUUACUGAAGUUGAUGAAUUAGAAGACAUGGAUUAAGGCCAAAGGCUGGAAUAAUAAACUAACUAAACAGUCAGAAAUACAGUUUGACAUUAUUUAGGUGUAUAGGUGUGUUGAUAUGUAAAGUUUUUAACCAGGAUACUUUUACCAAGAAGAACCACAACUGAAGAGAGCAAAAACGUACCUCAGUAACUCAACAUAAUGUUUCAUGUUAUUAUAUUUUAAUUUAAGGAUAAAUAAGUAUUAAUUCACUUUUCAUUUUUGAUACAGUUGAACUCCUUGUGAUGUAAAGUUGUAUUACAAUUCAUGUUUGAUCUGAGCCUAACUGAAUUUUUUUUUCAUUUCUCUUACAUCACUUGCUAUUGUUUUUUUUUUAGAAAAUGACUUUUUGUUUAUUUUUUGAAAGUGACUUUUCUUUGUGUAUAAUUUAUUUCUGAGAGCAGCUUUGAAACAAACCUCCAUUUUAAACAAGCACUGUCCUGUUUUCAGCUCCAUGCUGUCUGCGUGUAUCGGAUUUUAGCAUUUCUCCACAUUAUUUGUAGCAUUUUUAUAUUCAGCUUUUAGUCAUCAAGCCUAACCUUUGUUCAGUUUUAUGCUGUUCAUAUUUGCUUUUCAUGUUUACACAUGUUCUCAAGCAAAUGUUUAACUUGUAUAUCUUUGUAAAUAUGUUAAUAAAAACUUUACAGUAUGUUGUAAAGGUUGAAUUUCAAA